UUAAUAGUGUAUUUUGUUGUUUUAUUACAAAACGUCAUCUUUCAAGAGUUUGUCUUUUUAGAUUUCUUCACUGAACUAUUGAAGAAAAUGUUUUUUCACACGUUUUUGUUCUCUAUCUGCAUGUGGCGUUUGAUUGAAGCUAAGUUAGUGUCAGUGGUGGAGGGAGAUUCUGUCACUCUACAAACUCAGCUUACUGACAUACAGAGAGAUGAGCAGAUCGAGUGGAUGUUUGGACCUGAAGACACUCUCAUUGCUAGAAUUUAUAAAGUAUUCAAUAAAGUCUCAAUAUUUGACGAUGUUCUUGAUGGGAUGUUCAAAGGCAGACUGCAGGUGGAUGAUCAGACUGGAUCUCUCACCAUCACAAACAUCACAACUCAACAUUCUGGACUUUAUGAAAUGACCAUCAGCAGCACGACGGAGACCUCGUACACAUUCAGUGUAACUGUGUAUGAAGCUAAGUUAGUGUCAGUGAUGGAGGGAGAUUCUGUCACUCUACAAACUCAGCUUACUGACAUACAGAGAGAUGAGCAGAUCGAGUGGAUGUUUGGACCUGAAGACACUCUCAUUGCUAGAAUUUAUAAAGUAUUCAAUAAAGUCUCAAUAUUUGACGAUGUUCAUGAUGGGAUGUUCAAAGGCAGACUGCAGGUGGAUGAUCAGACUGGAUCUCUCACCAUCACAAACAUCACAACUCAACAUUCUGGACUUUAUCGAAUGACGAUCAGCAAUGCGACGGAGACCUCGUACACAUUCAGUGUAACUGUGUUUUCUCAUCUACCAGUUCCUGUCAUCACCAGAGACUCUUCAUCUCCAGUCUCAAAAUGUGUGUUGUUGUGUUCAGUGAUGAAUGUGGCACACGUGAGUCUCUCCUGGUACAAAGGAAACAGUUUAUUGUCCAGCGUCAGCGUGUCUGAUCUCAACAUCAACAGCAUCCCUCUUCAUCUGGAGUGUCUGAAUGACUCGUACAAAUGUGUGCUGAACGAUUUCGUCAAAAACCAGACUCAACAUCUCACUACUGAUGACUGUCAGCCGUGUUCAGAUGAAAUCAACUGUUGUGAUACCACUGAAGCUGUGAUCCGAUUGGUCGUCUCUGCUCUGGUGGGCGUGGCUGCUGUAGCUUUUCUGAUUUAUGACAUCAGAUCCAGAAGAGCAGAACCAAGAUCAUCUCCAAACACACUUGAUUUAGAGAUCUUAACUGUUACUGAUGGAAUCAUGACACGACUGGAGGACACGCCCCCUAUCAUAUACCACAGAGUGUUCAUCAGCAUUCAAGAGUUUUCGAAUUUCGCCCUUUCAGAUUUCUGGAUUGAAACGGUGGAGAACAUGUUUCACCUGUUAUUGUUCUGUUUGUGCAUGUGUUGUCUAAACGCUGUGUUUUGUGUUAGUAAAGAGGAAGUUAAGUCAGUGAUGGAGGGCGAUUCUGUCACACUACGCACUGAACUUAUUGAACAACAUUGUAGGCCUACUGAGGUGAUAAUAUGGACAUAUGGACCGCAAAAGUCCCUCAUAGCUCACAGAGUGACUGAUACAAUCCCAGUAUUUUCUGAUGUCCUUGAUGGGAGAUUCAGAGGCAGGCUGCGCGUGGAUGACCAGACGGGAUCUCUCACCAUCACAAACAUCAAAAGUCAACACUCUGGACUUUAUGAAAUGAUCACCGGACGUGCUACGGACAACUUACACAGAUUCAAUGUUAUUGUCUAUAGUGCUAGCCUCCCCAUUCCUGUCAUUACAAGGGACACUUCACAAUGUUCAAAAUGUGCGUUGUUGUGUUCAGUGAUGAAUGUGUCACAUGUGAGUCUCUCCUGGUACAAAGGAAAGAGUUUAUUGUCCAGCAUCAGUGUGUCUGAUCUCAACAUCAGACUCUCUCUACCUCUGGAGGUGGAAUAUCAGGAUACAAACACAUAUAGAUGUGUCAUCAACAAUCCCAUCAUGAACCACACACAACAUCUCAACAUCACUCAACUAUGUCAGCCGUGUUCAGACUAUGACAGCUGUUGUGUCACUGCUGAAGCUGUGAUCAGAUUGAUCGUCUCUGCUCUGGUGGGCGUGGCUGCUGUAGCAGCUCUUGUUGUUCUGAUUUAUGAUAUUAGAUCCAGAAGAGCUGAACAGGAGAGAAGAUCAUAGAUCAUUACACACUUCAUCUAGAGAUCUUUUCAGUUAAUGCUUGAUCAGUAAAUGCUGACAAGACACGACCCCUAGUGACUGAAUUUAAAAACAGAUUCUGUCUCUUUCUUUGCUUUAUCAUGUUUAUUUCCCUCAGAUAACCU